UCAAAAUCUUCAACAACAACAACAACAACAACAACAAUUCCUUUCUCUCUCCUCAUUUUUAUAAUCUUUCUUCCAAAUUACUCUCCUUUUAACUCCCUCCCUUUUUCCUCUCUCUCUCUCUCUCUCUCUUCUCUGCUUUCUCUGUCAUGCCCUGCAAUCAUAUUCAUUCAUAACAAUAACUACCCCAUGAAACUCACAUCCAGUUAGAAUUUUUCACCCUAGAAAAAAACAAAAACACAAAAAUGGAAAAGAAGUGUGGUUGCUGGGCAGUUUUGCGCAGAAAUGUUACAAGUUCCUGCAAACCUUCUUCUAAUUCCAAAAAAAACUCUGCUAAUUCCAUCCCUCGUUCUAGCCUUGUUUAUGAUGCAGCUGCUGAAACCAGGUAUUUGAAUGCUAGCAACAGGGAAAUGUGUGUACCAAAUGAUGAAGCUAAGCUUCCCUCUGAACCUCCUGAUCCACCACCACCUUCAGAGACCUGCAGACCCCCUCCUCAACUCCUGCAGUUUACAUUUCAAGAGUUAAAAUCUGCCACCGGGAACUUUAGACCCGAUAGCAUACUCGGGGAGGGCGGUUUUGGGUAUGUAUUUAAAGGGUGGAUUGAAGAGAACAGCACCUCACCUGCGAAACCGGGUACUGGAGUUACUGUUGCUGUCAAAAGUCUGAAGCCAGAUGGUUUACAAGGACACAGAGAAUGGGUGGCUGAAGUUGACUUUCUUGGUCAACUUCAUCAUACCAAUCUUGUUAAGCUUGUUGGGUAUUGUAGUGAAGAUGAUCAGAGACUUCUAGUGUAUGAGUUCAUGACACGAGGAAGCCUCGAAAACCAUCUCUUUCGAAGAACUAUGCCUCUGUCAUGGCCCUGCAGAAUGAAGAUAGCCCUUGGUGCAGCCAAAGGUUUGGCAUUUCUUCAUGGGAACCGGGAACCUGUCAUUUACCGAGAUUUUAAAACCUCGAACAUUUUGCUUGAUACGGAAUUCAAUGCAAAACUCUCAGAUUUUGGUCUAGCCAAAGCAGGACCUCAAGGGGACAACACCCAUGUUUCUACAAGAGUAGUAGGAACUUAUGGUUAUGCUGCCCCUGAAUACGUGAUGACCGGGCACUUGACAUCUAAGAGUGACGUGUACAGCUUUGGUGUAGUACUACUAGAGAUCCUAACAGGGAGGAGAUCAAUGGACAAGAAACGGCCAAGCGGUGAACAAAACCUAGUGAGUUGGGCACGACCAUAUCUAAGUGACAAGAGAAAGCUGUAUCAAAUAGUUGAUCCUCGUUUGGAGCUUAACUAUUCCAUUAAAGGUGUACAAAAGGUCUCUCAGUUGUCCUAUGGUUGCCUUAACAGAGACCCUAAGUCCCGUCCUUCAAUGGAUGAAAUUGUUAAGGUCCUCAUCCCUUUGCUAGACCUCAAUGACAUGGCCAUUAUAUCAUAUCAGUCACGGUUAUCUCAACCAGGAAGGCGAAGGAGGAAAUCUGAUGGACAUGUCCUUAACAUGUCUUCCCACCCCCUUCAGAUUAGAAAUAUUAGGGGCUCUCCUUUGAAUUCUGGUAAGCAUCACCCUUGCUAACUAAUUCAUUGGAUAUUUUAUCAUUUUUUUUUUUAUUUUCUUCGAGUUGUUCAAUCUGCUCGAAAAGCUGUGUUAUUGGGAGAUUCUCCGAGAGUUUGAGCUAGUUGCAAUGGAGUUUAUCACGUCUAAUGAUAGCUCCAAUGCUUCAUAGAUCCUCGUUUUUAAUUUUUAAUACAUAUAUAGAUGUAAUUGUAGCAUUGAUCUCUUGAUGAAUUACCUUAAGAAUUGUCUUGAUUAGCUA